CCAUUGAUUUCAUCAGCCGGCAUACACCAGAUACGGAGACACCAACGACAACAACAACUUCUGUUUACUUAUUAUUUUCGUUAAACGUCUGUGCACUGUUCAUCGACAAAGUUUUGGAAAAAUUAUCAAAAGACCACAAAAUAAUGUUGCUGAUUGAUGGUAGCGUUCUGGAGGGGGGUGGUCAAAUUCUUCGAAUGGCCCUCUGUUGCAGUGCAUUAACUGGGAAGCCUAUCAAAGUAUCGAAAAUAAGAGCCGGACGGCAGAAAGGAGGCCUAGCCGCCCAACAUCUAAAAGGAUUGGAACUGUUGCGAGAUAUGUGCAAUGCCAAAGUAAUUGGUGCAUCUUUAGGUUCAACUGAAAUUGAAUUUCAUCCAGAUGUGCUGAAAGGUGGAAAAUAUUACGCAGAUACGCAAACGGCUGGGAGUGUCGCACUAUUGCUGCAGGUUGCACUUCCGGUAGCACUUUUUUGCAAUUCACCAUUAUCGUUAGAAUUGAAAGGAGGUACAAAUUGUGAAAUGGCACCGCAGAUGGAUUUUAUGACGGAAAUAUUCAGACCAAACCUGGAAAAAUUUGGCGCAACGUUUGAUUUUGAUUUACGUAAACGAGGGUACUUUCCGAGAGGAGGAGGACAUUGCGUAAUUGAUAUUAAACCCGUUAUUCGUUUGAAUUCAACCGAAAUUUGUGACUUUGGAGAAGUUGACAGCUUUUUCGGUUGGAGUUUUGUGGCUGGUACGUUACCGAUUAAGAUGGCUAACGAGUUUGCAGAAGGUGCCAAGUCUGAAAUGAAGAAGCUAAAUUUGAACAAAUCAAUAAAUAUUGAAGCGUAUAAGGAAAGUGCAGAUGUCGCCAGUGGUAAUUGCUCGGGUAUCAUUCUAGGCUGUAACACCAAUACAAAUUGCAUUCUGGGUGGUUCAGCGUUAGGAUCUAGAAAGGAAAGCUGUUUUGACUCGGGAAAAAGAGCAGCCACGGAAAUUGUGAAUUUAAUUCCGAUCCGUGCUUGCGUCGAUGAUCAUGUUCAGGAUCAAUUGAUCAUUUUCAUGGCGCUAGCGAAUGGACUAAGUCGAAUUCGAACCGGACCGCUUACGUUACACACAAAAACGGCUAUCCACAUAGCUGAACUGAUCACAAACGUAAAGUUUACCGUUCUCGAAGACGGAUCCACAAAUGUUAUCGAAUGUAAUGGCAUUGGAUUGGAAAAUAAGUUUUUGAAUAAAUAAGUACCUGC